GAACUAUAACCCCCAGAGGGCUUUGUUAUUCCAACCAGGAAGUGGGGUUUGCUGUUUGUAGAUCUGUUUUUAAAGAGGAGUGCAUUGUUUUUGUAUUUAUUUUGCUCCUAUUAGCUGUCAGGAUGAACGUAGUGUUAGCGGUGAAACAAUAUGUCUCUAAAAUGAUAGAGGAUAGCGGUCCAGGGAUGAAGGUGCUGCUUAUGGACAAGGAAACGACAAGCAUUGUGAGUAUGGUGUACACACAGUCUGAAAUACUUCAGAAGGAGGUUUACCUGUUUGAGCGGAUUGACUCCACCAACCGUGAAACCAUGAAGCAUUUAAAGGCCAUUUGCUUCUUGCGGCCAACCAAGGACAAUGUAGAGCACCUGAUCCAGGAGCUGCAUAGACCCAAAUACAGUGUCUAUUUCAUAUAUUUCAGUAAUGUCAUCAGUAAGAGUGAUGUGAAAUCUUUAGCUGAAGCAGAUGAGCAGGAAGUUGUGGCUGAAGUCCAGGAAUUCUUUGGUGAUUAUAUUGCUGUGAACCCACAUCUUUUUUCACUUAACAUAAUUGGCUGCACUCAGGGUCGAACCUGGGAUGCUGCUCACUUAAAUAGAACAACUCAAGGUCUUACAGCUUUGUUGCUCUCCCUGAAGAAAUGCCCUAUGAUACGGUACCAACUGUCUUCUGACGUGUCAAAAAGACUUGCAGAGAAUGUCAAGCAAAUAAUUUCCAAAGAAAUUGAACUGUUUGACUUUCGACGCACAGAAGUUCCUCCUCUCCUGCUUAUCCUGGAUCGUUCAGAUGAUGGCAUUACACCUCUUCUGAAUCAGUGGACGUAUCAAGCAAUGGUGCAUGAGCUGCUGGGAAUCAAUAACAAUCGCAUUGAUUUGUCCCGCGUCCCAGGGAUCAGCAAAGAUCUAAACGAGGUGGUGCUGUCUUCAUCCCACCCUGAUUUUUUUGCAUCAAAUAUGUAUAUGAAUUUUGGAGAAAUCGGCACCAACAUUAAGAACUUGAUGGAAGAUUUCCAGAAGAAAAAACCUAAAGGGCAGCAGAAGCUAGAGUCAAUAGCUGAUAUGAAGGCAUUUGUUGAAAACUACCCCCAGUUUAAGAAGAUGUCUGGAACAGUUUCUAAGCAUGUGACUGUAGUGGGCGAGUUGUCUCGACUGGUCAGUGAAAGGAACUUGAUGGCUGUUUCAGAAGUUGAACAAGAAUUGGCUUGUCAGAAUGAUCAUUCCAGUGCUCAUCAGAAUGUAAGGAGGCUUCUUCAGAACCCAAAGGUAACCGAGCUGGAUGCAGCCCGAUUGGUAAUGCUGUAUGCUUUGCGCUAUGAACGUCACAGCAGCAAUAAUUUACCAGGUCUAAUGGAGGAUCUUGCCAGGAAAGGAGUUUCAGAACGGUAUCGAAAGCUGGUUUCUGCAGUGAUUGAAUAUGGUGGAAAGAGGGUCAGAGGAAGUGACCUCUUAAGUCCCAAGGAUGCUGUGGCAAUCACUAAACAGUUCUUCAAAGGCCUGAAGGGGGUUGAAAAUGUAUAUACUCAGCACCAGCCUCUGCUGCAGGAGAUUUUGGAUCAGCUAAUCAAAGGGAAACUGAAGGACAGCCAGUACCCUUAUCUGGGACCUAGCAUUCUACGGGACAGGCCUCAAGAUAUCAUUGUUUUCAUCAUUGGAGGUGCAACAUAUGAAGAGGCAUUGGUUGUUUAUAACCUGAACCGGACUAUGCCUGGUGUCAGAAUCGUCUUGGGUGGAACAACUGUACACAACACAAAAACCUUUCUGGAGGAGGUUGUAGCUACAGGGGUCCACAGCAGAAAUGUUGAAAGGUCACAGGGUGUAGCCAGAUCUACUACCAGGCGAUGAAGCCAAUACAAAGCUACAUCCCUGCCAUACAAAACCAGUUUCCUGCACUUCCCAGCAUUGGAGAGGCUAUGUUGUUUGUACAUUCCAUUGCUUUUCACUUCUGAAAUGUAAUCAGAAGCUGGUUGCUUAAAACAUCUUCAGAGCCUUAAUUGGCCUUUGAUUCAAUCCAAGACUAUUUUGUGAGACUCUGGGUCUACCAAUGAUUGUUUUCACAGGAAAAAAUCUGGAAAGAGAUGACAAGAAUGAACAUUAGAAAGGACUUGUUCUCAAAUUAGGCCAUGGUGUUUAACAAAGAAAUAAAACACGUUAUGCGAA